GUUCCCACGCUCUUCGUUCGUUCUCCCUUCGCUUUUUUUUUUUCCUCUCUCGUUUCUUCGAGAGCAAAAGGAGAGAGUAGAUAAAAGAGGAAACAGAGAGACUUCGCGUUUAAGAAUCAAAGUCUAGACUUUAGAGUGGUGAGGAGAGGAGAGGAGAUGGGAAGAGAAGAGGAGGCGAUGGCCGAGUGUAAUCAUUCGUAGCGUCUGGAGGAAGAGAAGAAGAAAGGGGAGGAGGAGGAGGAGAUGAAGGGUUUCGUCGCCGCUUCGGUGCCGCCGGCGAAGCGGCGGUGGAGGGGGUUCGCGGUGGCGGUGCUCGCCCUCGUCUGCUGCUCGGUGCUCGUCCCCCUCGGGUUUCUCCUUGGCUUCCACAACGGAUUCCCUUCUGGUUACUCGAGCGACGACAGCUCAUCUUUGGAAAUUAAAUUUCGAAGAUAUGGCCGGCUGGAUGGUGUUCGAGAAUUACCGGAGCUCAUCUAGAUCGUGGACUUGACACUUAUAGCUUCUUAAAAUUUUGCAGCUGGGAGCUACGUAGGAUGUUAUUGAGAACACAACGCUCCAAGCUGGUGGGGAGCUUCAUGAAGAAACUAACAAUGAAUCCUUUGGCAAUGGUGUGAGUUUAAACUUAAGGCUGAAUCAUGCUACCUCUCAGUCUCAACUGAUGGAUGUGACUUCUCUCUCUGAAUCAAAGGAUCCUAUCGGCCAAGUUGCAAUAGAAGAUGUCAUCUCUCACGCUAAAGUUGUUACUACACCACAAAGAGUCACCUCACAACCACUUCUAGCUUCGAAUACAAAAAAUGAUGGCAAGGAAAGCAGGAAGAAUAAUAUCAAAAGUUUGACCACUGAUGAAACUGAAAGAUCUUGUCAACUUGAAUUUGGGACCUAUUGCCUUUGGUCCUGGGAGCAUAAAGAAAUGAUGAAUGACUCUACCAUAAAGAGACUAAAAGAUCAGCUUUUUGUGGCUAGAGCUUACUAUCCAAGCAUUGCAAAACUUCGUGGACAAGAGAAUCUGACACAUGAACUAAAGCAGAACAUUCAAGAACAUGAGCACAUGCUUAGUGAAGCAAUUUUAGAUGGUGAUCUACCUCCACUUGUUGCUAGGAACAUACAGAAGAUGGACCAGACCAUUGCAAGAGCCAAAUCAUGCACUGUUGAUUGCAAGAAUGUUGACAAGAAACUCAGACAGAUACUUGAUCUGACGGAGGAUGAGGCUCUUUUCCAUAAGAAGCAGAGUGCAUUUCUCUAUCACCUCAGUGUUCAAACCAUGCCCAAAAGUCUCCAUUGCUUGUCUAUGAGGUUGACUGUAGAAUACUUUAAAUCUCCUCCCAUGGAUUCAGCAUCCUCACACGCUCACAAAUUUGAAAACCCAGAGCUUAGGCAUUAUGUGAUUUUCUCUAGAAACAUGCUUGCUGCUUCUGUUGCCAUAAAUUCGACAGUGGCAAAUUCUGAGGCGACAGAAGAUAUGGUUUUUCAUGUGCUAACGGAUGGUCAAAAUUACUAUGCUAUGAAACUCUGGUUUGCCAGAAAUUCUUACAAGGAGGCAACAAUACGUGUCUUGAACUUUGAAGAACUUAACAACAUUAAGAAUCAAGGCACAGCAAAGCUUUCAUUAACUGAGGAAUUUCAUGUUUCCAUUCUUGAUGCUGAUAAACCCUCCAUACAGAUGAGAACAGAGUACCUAUCAGUUUUUGGUCACUCACACUUUAUUCUACCAGAAAUAUUCAAGAAUCUAAAAAAGGUGGUGGUUUUGGAUGAUGAUGUGGUUGUUCAGCAUGAUUUAUCAUCCUUGUGGAACCUUGAUUUGGAAGGAAAAGUUAAUGGCGCUGUGGAGUUCUGUGGGGUAAAGCUGGGUCAGCUGAGAACAUACUUAGGCAGAAAUAUCUAUGAUGCUGAUUCUUGUGCCUGGAUAUCUGGAUUUAAUAUACUUGAUCUGGAGAAGUGGAGGGAACACAAUGUUACAGGGACAUACCUUCAGCUCCUCCAAAAGUUACAAACCAGAGGUGAAGCAUCGUGGAGAGGUGCAGCACUGCCCAUAAGCUUGCUUGCAUUUCAAAAUCUUAUACAUCCCCUAGAUGAUAGAUGGACUCUGUCAGGACUUGGUCAUGAUUUCGGAGUUAAUGCAGAAGCUAUAGGUAAUGCUGUAUCACUGCAUUACAAUGGCAACAUGAAACCUUGGCUUGAAUUGGGUAUUCCAAAUUACAAAAAGUACUGGAAGAAAUUUCUUCCGCAAGAGGAGCGGUUCAUGGAGGAGUGCAAUGUAAGCCCAUAGCAGACAGGCAUGAAGUGCAAGGAUUUCUCUUUGGAAAUCUGAGACAAGGGAAGUGGCGGACAAACUUAUUGACUUUCUUAAGGCUUUACAAAAGAUCAUCCCUGAUCUGGGUGGACGCAUUAUGGUUUCCAAAGGGCAGCUAAGUUCACUUAUAAAAGGGAUUAAAGAGAGUACUAUCGAACCACUAAUUCCAAGAAGAGCUGAAGACCAGAACUGGUUUGUUGGAGGUGAGGGACAUGAUGGAUAUUGGUUCUCUGGCUGUUACGUAUGGCUGGAAAGAUGUACAAUGAAAUCAAAAUCAGGGCAGGAGGUCAUUAUUCUGUUGAUGGGUGUUCACAAUCACUGUUGAUCCAUUCGUUAUUUAUGAUACGGCUGGAUGAUCGGUCGGUUGGCACCUUGAAUUGGAUUGGUGUCCGCCCGGUCUAAGAUCAAUGUAAUUUUAUUAUUAUUUUUUAA